GUUGGGGGGGAGGGCCCCCCAACCGAUGUGGUUGUCAUGGCGACAGCGUGGCUGGCCAGGGCCCUGCGUGCCGCCGCUGCGGGUAGACGGCUACGUGGCCCCUGGGGCGCUGGGGACUCUCGGAAGCUGAGCUGCAGCGCGAGGCGACGGGCGGCGAGCGGCACUAGCCCCGGGCGUCGGCUCAGCACCGCCUGGGCGCGGGCUCAGCCCGCAGGAGAGGAGACCGAGGGUGCGGAGCAGAACACCAGCUCUCCAGCCACAGAGGAGUCAUCGUGGACGUCGUCCCCCGCGCCGACGGCGCCCUCGGAAUCCCCGGGACCUCCGGCCGGCCAAUCGCUGGUGCAGAGGGACAUCCAGGCCUUCCUGAACCAGUGCGGGGCGAGCCCGGGGGAGGCGCGCCACUGGCUCACGCAGUUCCAAACCUGCCACCACUCCUCCAACAAACCCUUCGCUGUCAUGGAGGUGGAUGAGGAGGUGCUCAAGUGCCAGCAGGCUGUUUCCAGCCUGGCCUUCGCGCUGGCCUUCCUGCAGCGAAUGGACAUGAAGCCGCUGGUCGUCCUGGGGCUCCCUGCUCCCACAGCGCCCUCGGGCUGUCUUUCUUUCUGGGAGGCGAAGACACAGCUCGCUCAGAGCUGCAAAGCGCUGGUAGAUGCAUUGCGACAUAAUUCGGCCACAGCGGUGCCCUUUUUCGGCGGUGGGUCAGUGCUGGGUGCUGCGGAGCCGGCCCCGCAUGCCAGCUACGGCGGCAUCGUCUCGGUGGAGACGGACCUGCUUCAGUGGUGCCUGCAGUCGGGCAGCAUCCCCAUCCUGUGCCCCAUUGGGGAGACCACAGCGCGCCGCUCCGUGCUCCUCGACUCGCUGGAGGUGACAGCAUCGCUGGCCAAGGCCCUGCAGCCCACCAAAAUCAUUUUCCUCAACACCACAGGCGGUCUACGCAACAGCAGUCACACGGUCCUGAGUAAAGUGAACCUGCCGGGCGACCUGGACCUGGUGACCAACGCCAAGUGGAUGAGCAACAAAGAACGGCAGCAGAUGCGGCUCAUCGUGGACGUGCUCAGCCGCCUGCCCCACCACUCCUCCGCGGUCAUCACCGCCGCCAGCACGCUGCUCACCGAGCUAUUCAGCAACAAGGGGUCGGGGACCCUGUUCAAGAACGCUGAGCGGAUGCUGAGGGUGCGCAGCCUGGACAGCCUGGACCAGCGCCGCCUGGUGAACCUGAUCAACACCAGCUUCGGCAAGAAGCUGCGGGACGACUACCUGGCCUCGCUGCGCCCGCGGCUGCACUCUGUCUACGUCUCUGAGGGGUACAACGCAGCCGCCAUUCUGACCAUGGAACCUGUACUGGGGGGCACCCCGUACCUGGACAAGUUUGUGGUGAGCUGCAGCCGCCAGGGCCAAGGCUCCGGGCAGAUGCUGUGGGAGUGCCUGAGACGGGACCUGCAGACGCUUUUCUGGCGCUCGAGGGUCACCAACCCCAUCAAUCCCUGGUACUUCAAGCACAGUGACGGCAGCUUCUCCAACAAACAGUGGAUCUUCUUCUGGUUUGGUUUAAGCGACAUCCGGGACUCCUAUGAGCUGGUCAACCAUGCCAAGGGGCUGCCGGACUCCUUCUGCAAGCCAGCUUCUGACCCAGGCAGCUGACCCUCACCACCAGUCCUGCCAGCCCUGAGACAGCCAGGGUGGACCAAAAGCCAGGUCUACUGGAGGUGACCCCCACAGUCACAGGCUUGCUGGCAGAGCGAUGUGCAAAGGGAAAAGCGGACCCUAAACUCUGACAGGGGCAGGCACCCAUGUGGGGAAAGAAACAGGAAGGA